AUGGUGACUAACCCGACUAUCAGUUCAAGAAAAGAUAGUUUAAAACUUAAAUGCGUCAACAAAAGUCGGGCACCUCAGAAUAAGUUGGGUAGAAAAAUGCAGGUUCGUAACAUAGUCAAGCUCCAGGUAUCUUGCGAGCUAGCUGUAAGCCGAAAUAGGACAAUCACCGCCGCUACACACCUGGGAAUAUUGGUACUUUUUGUUGCAGCCGAGCCAAAGUGCAAACAAACUGUGCGGAAAGACAUAUUCGUCUGCAUUUCAGACGUCAGAUCCCAGUCCAUUUCCUACUUUAAGUGCAGCGAAUUCUCUUUUUCGCCCGGGCUCUUUCUCUCUCUCUCUUAUUUGCUCGUCUCUGGAUUUGCCUCUCGGUCCAAUGUUGACCUUGAUGAUAGUGAUGAUGUUGAUGUUGAGGUCGGUGUUGAAGUUGAUGUUAAUGUUGAUGUUGAUGUCGAUGUCAAAGUUGAUGUUAAUAUUUAUGUCGAUAAUAAGGUUAAUGUCGAUGUUGAUGUUGAGGUUGAUGAUGAAUUUGAUGUUCAUGUUGAGUAUAAUGUCGAUAUUAAGGUUGAUGUCGAUGUCGAUGUUAAUGCUUAUGCUGAACAAAGUGUUAACGAAGUUGAUGAGGUUAAUCUCGAUCUUGAUUUCGAUGUUGUUGUUGAUGUUGAUGCUGGGGUUUAUGCUGAUAUUGAAGUCGAUGUCGAUUUUGAGGAUGAUGGGUUUCGAGACGUUAAUGUUGAUAUCGAUGCUCAUGUUGAUGCUGAUCUUAAGGUUGAUAGUGAUGAUGGUGUCGAUUCUGAGGUCGAUUUCGAUGUUGAUAUUGAUGUUAAUAUUCAUGUCGAUUAUGAGUUUAAUGUUAAUGUUGAUGUCGAUGGUAAUGUUGAUAAUGAUGAUGAGGCUGAUGGCGAUAUUUACGUCGAGCAUGCUGUUGUUGUUGAGGUUUAUUAUGAUGUUGACGUUUAUGUUGACGUUGAUAUUUUAAUAUGCUGCUAA